AUGGUCAACAUUACGGACAAGAUCAAGGAGAUCGAAGAUGAGAUGAAGAUGACCCAGAAGAACAAGGCGACAAACUAUCACUUGGGUCUUCUUAAGGGAAAACUUGCUCGGCUUCGUGCUCAGCUCUUGGAACCCACCCCCGGGUCCGGAGGUGGUCCUGGAUCCGGCUUCGAUGUGAGCAAGAGCGGUGAUGCACGAAUAGCAUUGGUGGGAUUUCCAUCUGUGGGAAAGUCCACCUUCCUCUCGAAAGUCACCAAGACGAAAUCUGAAGUCGCGAGUUACGCCUUCACGACGCUCACAGCCAUCCCGGGUGUCUUGGAGUACGGCGGUGCGGAGAUCCAGCUUCUCGAUCUGCCCGGUAUUAUAGAAGGCGCGUCAGAGGGAAAGGGCCGAGGAAGACAAGUCAUUUCUGCAGCUAAGACGAGUGACUUGAUCUUGAUGGUGUUGGAUGCCACAAAGAGGGCAGAGCAGAGGGCGCUGCUUGAGGCGGAGUUGGAGGCCGUUGGCAUCCGUCUAAACAGGGAGCCGCCAAACAUUUAUCUCAAGCCGAAGAAGGCAGGAGGUAUGAAGAUCAACUUCCAGAACACGCCCAAGAACCUCGACGAGAAGAUGGUGUAUAAUAUCUUGCGUGACUACAAGAUACUCAACUGUGAGGUCCUCAUUCGCGAUGACGAGGCAACAGUGGACGAUCUGAUCGACGUGAUCAUGAAGAACCACCGCACCUACAUCAAAUGCCUUUACGUGUAUAACAAGAUCGAUAGUGUCUCCCUUGACUUCCUGGACCGGCUGGCGCGUGAGCCCAACACCGUAGUCAUGAGCUGCGAGCUGGAUCUUGGUAUCCAGGACGUGGUUGACAGGUGCUGGAAGGAGCUGGCUUUGAUACGGAUUUACACGAAAAGAAAAGGCAUCGAGCCAGACUUCAGUGAAGCGUUGAUCGUGAGAAGUAAUAGUACCGUAGAGGAUGUCUGUGAUCGCAUUCACAGAACCCUCAAGGACACCUUCAAAUUUGCCAUGGUGUGGGGUGCAAGUGCCCGACACAUACCACAGCGUGUUGGGUUGGGACACGUCGUGGCAGACGAGGACGUUGUGUACAUCUCAACAGCAUGGAAGGCGUAA